AUGUCGGACGGUCUCGUACAGCGACGUAAAACCGUUGCAUCUCUCAGAAAUGACGAGAAUGCGAAAGAUUUUGAUAAUAUUGACAGUGAUGAUUCUAAAGGAGAGUUUGACGAUGAUAAAGCUACAAGAUUAACAUUAAUGGAACAAAUUUUGCUGCUUGGUUUGAAGGAUAGAGAAGGUUAUACAUCAUUUUGGAAUGACUGCAUUAGUAGUGGUCUUCGGGGAUGCAUUCUCACUGAAUUGGCACUAAGGAACCGAAUCGAAUUAGAGAAAUGUGGAAUGCGGAAGAAAAGUUUAAUGAACAGGAAGGUGUUGUUGAAAAGUGAUCAACCCACAGGCGAUGUGAUUUUGGACGAAACACUAAAGCAUAUCAAGGAAACACAGCCACCGGAAACCGUGACGAGUUGGAUUGAAUAUCUCAGUGGUGAAACGUGGAAUCCACUUAAAUUGCGUUAUCAGCUUCGUAAUGUACGUGAACGACUGGCGAAAAAUUUGGUUGAAAAGGGUGUACUAACAACAGAAAAGCAAAAUUUCUUUCUCUUCGACAUGACUACUCAUCCACUUCAUGAUUGCAACAUGAAACAGAAACUGAUUAAGAAAGUACAAGAAACUGUAUUGUCACGGUGGACUAAUGAUGUACAGAGGAUGGAGAAACGAAUGAUGUCAUUGGUAGUGUUGGCUCAUGCUAGCGACGUUUUAGAAAAUGCUUUUAACCCUCUUUCUGAUCAGGAUUAUGAAAUAGCAAUGAAGCGUGUACGAUCUUUACUUGAACUUGAUUACGACGCUGAAAGCGACAAGAAGAAAGAUCCAUGUGUUGAUGUAAUGUGGGCUGUUUUCGGAGCCUUUAACAAAUAA